CGCAAUCGGGACUUUCGUAGCGGCCGUUGCCGAGCAGCCGACUCUGCUCGUCAGUCUAGAGAGUAAUAUCGACACGAAAAGGACCUGUUUGAGUUACCCGGUCACAUAGACAAAGAAAUCGAAAUACUACAAAAAUAAUUGCAUCAAACUCUGUUUGGACGCUACAGUCGUUGCGUUAACCGGCAAAAUGGCUGAAGCGGAAGGUGGCUCCGAGCAGGAUGAUGUUUCAUUCCUGCGUACGGAAGAUAUGGUCACGCUCUCCUGCACAGCGACUGGCGAGCGUGUCUGUCUGGCCGCCGAGGGAUUUGGUAAUCGGCAUUGUUUUCUCGAGAACAUUGCCGAUAAGAAUGUGCCGCCCGAUUUAUCGCAAUGCGUCUUUGUCAUCGAACAGGCGCUGUCGGUGCGCGCGCUCCAGGAACUGGUGACAGCAGCCGGAUCAGAGACCGAUAGUCAAGUUGGCAAGGGCACCGGAUCCGGCCACAGAACCCUGCUCUAUGGCAAUGCCAUACUCCUGAGGCAUCACAACAGCGAUAUGUAUCUGGCCUGUUUGUCAACAUCGUCGUCGAACGAUAAGCUCUCCUUCGAUGUGGGUCUGCAGGAGCAUAGCCAGGGCGAGGCCUGUUGGUGGACCGUACAUCCGGCGAGCAAACAGCGUUCGGAGGGUGAAAAGGUUCGUGUGGGUGAUGAUUUGAUUUUGGUAUCGGUGGCCACCGAACGGUAUCUGCACACCACCAAGGAGAACGAGCAGUCCAUUGUGAAUGCCAGCUUCCAUGUGACCCACUGGUCCGUGCAGCCCUACGGCACCGGCAUCUCACGCAUGAAAUACGUUGGCUAUGUGUUCGGCGGCGAUGUCUUGCGUUUCUUUCAUGGCGGCGACGAGUGCCUGACCAUACCCAGCACCUGGGGCCGUGAGGCAGGUCAAAACAUUGUCAUAUACGAGGGCGGCGUGGUCAUGGCUCAGGCACGUUCUCUGUGGCGCUUGGAGCUGGCGCGCACGAAGUGGACGGGCGGCUUCAUAAACUGGUAUCAUCCCAUGCGUAUACGUCAUAUAACGACGGGACGCUAUCUGGGCGUCAACGACAGCAACGAGCUAAUCCUCGUUAAAAAGGAGGAGGCAUCGAUUGCAACGACGACUUUCUGCCUGAGGCAAGAAAAGGACGACGAAAAGAAAGUACUCGAGGACAAAGACUUAGAGGUAAUCGGUUCGCCGAUCAUCAAAUACGGUGACACCACCGUCAUCGUGCAGCACUGCGAAUCGAGCCUGUGGCUCAGCUACAAGAGCUACGAAACGAAAAAGAAGGGCGUCGGCAAGGUGGAGGAGAAACAGGCCAUACUCCACGAGGAGGGUAAAAUGGACGAUUGCCUGGACUUUUCGCGCUCCCAGGAAGAGGAAUCGAAGACGGCGCGCGUCAUUCGAAAGUGCAGCAGCCUCUUCACACAGUUUAUAACCGCCUUGGAGACCCUACAAUCGAAUCGUCGACAUUCAAUAUUCUUCCAAAAAGUUAAUCUUAACGAAAUGGUCAUGUGCCUGGAGGAUUUAAUCAAUUACUUUUCGCAGCCAGAAGAUGAUAUGGAACACGAGGAGAAGCAGAAUCGUUUUCGUGCCUUGCGCAAUCGCCAGGAUCUGUUCCAGGAGGAGGGCGUGCUCAAUCUCAUUUUGGAGGCCAUUGACAAAAUUAAUAUAAUCACCUCGCAAGGCUUCUUGGCCAGCUUCCUGGCCGGCGACGAGACUGGCCAGAGCUGGGAUCUAAUCUCAACUUAUCUCUACCAGCUGCUGGCCGCCAUCAUCAAGGGCAAUCACACCAAUUGCGCGCAGUUCGCGAACAGCAAUCGCCUCAAUUGGCUGUUCUCCCGCCUGGGCUCGCAGGCAUCCAGCGAGGGCUCCGGCAUGCUGGAUGUGCUCCACUGUGUGCUCAUCGACUCGCCCGAGGCGCUGAACAUGAUGAGGGACGAGCAUAUUAAAGUGAUUAUAUCGCUGCUCGAAAAACACGGUCGCGAUCCCAAGGUUCUCGAUGUACUCUGCUCCCUGUGUGUGGGCAAUGGAGUCGCGGUGCGCUCCUCGCAGAACAACAUUUGUGACUUCCUGCUGCCCGGCAAGAAUCUGUUGCUGCAAACCUUGCUGGUGGACCAUGUGGCGAGCAUACGUCCCAACAUCUUUGUGGGACGCGUCGAUGGCUCGUCCAUGUACCAGAAGUGGUACUUUGAGGUGACCAUGGAUCACAUCGAGCAGACCACGCACAUAAUGCCGCACCUACGCAUUGGCUGGGCCAACACCUCCGGCUACGUGCCCUAUCCGGGCGGAGGCAAGAAGUGGGGCGGCAACGGCGUCGGCGACGACCUCUACUCGUUCGGCUUCGAUGGCGCCCAUCUGUGGACGGGAGGACGCAAGACGCUCGUGGCGGACGCACUGCCCGAGGAGCCGUACAUACGCAAGGGCGACGUCGUUGGCGUGGCCAUAGAUCUUUCCGUGCCGGUCAUUACGUUCACCUUUAACGGCAACAAGGUGCGCGGCUGCUUCAGGGACUUCAAUCUGGACGGCAUGUUCUUCCCGGUGAUGAGCUGCUCCUCCAAGCUCAGCUGUCGCUUCCUCUUUGGCGGCGAUCACGGCCGCCUGAAGUAUGCCCCACCCGUGGGCUUCUCGGCGCUCGUACAGUGCCUGAUGCCGCAUCAGAUCCUAAGCUUGGAUCCCUGCUUUUACUUUGGCAAUCUGAGCAAAAAUGUGCUCGCCGGUCCCUGGCUCAUCGAGGACGACACGGCAUUUGUGCCGAAGCCAGUGGACACGACGGGCGUAACCUUGCCCAGCUCUGUGGAUCAGAUUAAGGAGAAGCUCGCCGAGAACAUACACGAGAUGUGGGCCCUGAACAAGAUCGACGCCGGCUGGACCUGGGGAGAGCAGCGCGACGACUACCAUCGCAUACAUCCCUGCCUCACGCAGUUCGAGAAGCUGCCAGCUGCUGAGAAACGUUACGACAAUCAACUAGCGGUCCAAACACUGAAAACUAUCAUCUCACUGGGCUACUACAUAACCAUGGAUAAGCCACCGGCACGCAUACGACCCGUGCGGCUGCCCAACGAGAUAUUUAUGCAGGCCAACGGCUAUAAGCCGGCACCGCUCGACCUGAGCGCUGUGACCCUGACGCCCAAGCUGGAGGAGCUCGUCGAUCAGCUGGCCGAGAACACGCACAAUCUGUGGGCACGCGAGCGCAUCCAGCAGGGCUGGACCUACGGCCUGAACGAGGACUCGGAGAAUCAUCGCAGUCCCCACCUGGUGCCCUAUGCCAAGGUCGAUGAGGCCAUCAAGAAGGCGAAUCGGGACACUGCCUCCGAGACGGUGCGCACCCUGUUGGUCUACGGCUAUGUCCUGGAUCCGCCCACCGGCGAGGGCACCGAAGCUCUGCUAGCCGAGGCGCAACGCCUCAAGUUCGCCGCCUUCCGGACGUAUCGCGUGGAACGCAACUACGCCGUCACCUCUGGCAAAUGGUAUUUCGAGUUCGAGGUCCUGACAGCGGGUCCGAUGCGCGUGGGCUGGGCCCGGGCCGAUUGCUAUCCGGGCGCCAUGUUGGGCAGCGAGGACACCAGCUGGGCAUUCGAUGGCCACAAUGAAGAGAAAGUCUACGGUGGCAACAGUGAAUCGUUUGGUAAACAAUGCGGACCCGGGGAUAUAGUCGGAGUCUUUUUAGAUCUAGCCGAUCAUACAAUUAGCUUCUCGUUGAAUGGAGAACUACUUAUGGAUGCCUUGGGUGGCGAGACAACGUUCGCCGAUGUCACCGCUGAGGGCGUGGGCUUUGUGCCCGCCUGUACCUUGGGAGUGGGCCAGAAGGCGCGCCUGAUUUAUGGCCAAGAUGUGGACUCCCUCAAGUUCUUUACCACCUGCGGUCUGCAAGAGGGCUACGAGCCAUUCUGUGUCAAUAUGCAACGCCCAGUGACGCAUUGGUAUACCAAGGAUCAGCCGAUUUUUGAGAAUACCGAGGAAAUGCCCGAUUGCCGCAUCGAUGUGACGCGCAUACCUGGCGGAGCUGAUACUCCGCCCCAUUUGAAGAUCUCGCACAAUACGUUCGAGACCAUGGAGAAGGCAAAUUGGGAGUUCCUGCGUCUCUCCCUGCCUGUCACCUGCAUGAGCGACUUCAUCAGUGAGCAGGAGAAGGCGAGACGCUGGGAGGAGAUCAAGCUACGCCAAUAUCGCUUAAUGCGCGAGGCCCAAGAGGCAGCCAUCCAGAUGCAGACCCAAAAUGCUGCACACAUGGAUCACAUGCUCAAGUCCGGCUUCAAUAUGAACGACAUUAAGGGCCUGACGCGCAAUUUCGAUGAUCACGCCGAGGCCGAGGCUGAGCAUAUGAUGCGCGGUCCACCACGACCGCCACGCAAAGGCUCUCUCACCCGGAACAUAACAUUCGAGACCGACAUGACGGCUGCCUUGGACGAGAUGCAGCGUUCGACUUCCGUGCUGGACAUGAAUGGCCUGGGCGAUGAGCUGGAUGACAAAAAGAAACGCGGCCGCAGUCCGUUCAAGUUCUUUUCGAAGAAGUCACGUGACCAGAGCCGCGAGAAGAAUGGCUCGAGAACCGCAGACACAUCGCUGGAGCGCCGAAACACGGUGGCCCAUGGCCGAAACGUGGUUAACCAGCAGAUGACAACACGAACGCCAACGUUACGUCUGAAUAAUGCCGAAAUACCGCCCAGUCCAGUGCCUCAGGGACCAAAGCAAUUGAGCUCCACGAAUUUGGGCCAGCCACCAGUGGAAUCGUCGGGCAAUGAGAUGUUCGAUGCCGAGUGCCUUAAGCUGAUCAACGAAUAUUUCUAUGGUGUGCGCAUAUUCCCUGGCCAGGAUCCGACCCACGUCUACGUGGGCUGGGUCACCACCCAGUACCAUUUGCAUAGUCGCGAGUUCAAUAAGAAUAAGGUGCGACGCGCCUCGGUCUACAUUGAGGACUAUUAUGAAGUGCCCAUUGAGCGCAUCGAUCGUCAGAGCUGUUAUGUGGUGCGCGCCGACGAGCUGUUCAAUGAGGUGACCCAAGAUGCCUCUGGCAAAGGUGCAUCGCAGGGUAUGUUUGUCGGCUGCUUUGUGGACACGGCGACGGGCAUAAUACGCUUCACCUGCGAGGGCAAGGAAACCUCGCAUCGCUGGAUGAUGGAGCCGGACACCAAACUCUUUCCGGCCAUUUUCGUCGAAGCCACCAGCAAGGAGAUCCUGCAAAUUGAGCUGGGACGCACGCCAACCACGCUCCCACUGUCGGCAGCCGUGUUGCCCACCAGUGACAAGCACAUCAAUCCGCAGUCGCCGCCUCGCUUGAAGGUGCAGUGCCUGCGUCCGCAUCAAUGGGCGCGUGUGCCCAACACCUCACUGCAGGUGCAUGCGCUGAAACUGUCCGAUAUCCGGGGCUGGUCCAUGCUCUGCGAGGAUCCAGUAUCAAUGCUGGCCCUGCACAUACCCGAGGAGGAUCGCUGCAUCGACAUACUGGAGCUGAUCGAAAUGGACAAACUGCUCUCCUUCCAUGCUCACACGCUCACGCUCUACGCUGCGCUGUGCUACCAAUCGAAUUAUCGUGCCGCGCACGCGCUCUGCCAGCAUGUCGAUCAGAAGCAGCUGCUCUAUGCCAUACGCUCGGAGUAUAUGAGUGGACCACUGCGUCAGGGAUUCUAUGAUCUGCUGAUAGCGCUGCAUCUGGAAUCGCAUGCCACCACAAUGGAGGUAUGCAAGAAUGAGUAUAUUACACCGUUGGGCCCCGAACUGAAGGAACUGUAUGCUGAGGAUGAGAUGCGUCACUCACUUCGUUCCCUUGUCACGGAGUCUGUGCGCCCACAGUUGCGUAUGACGGAAAUCACCGAACCGAUACCCAACAUCGAUCAGUUGUAUUCCCCGAAGUUCCCAUUAGAAGUAGUCAGAGAAUUUGUAAUGGAGGCCCUUAAAGAUGCAGUGGAAAUAAAUCAAGUGCAUAACCGUGAUCCCAUCGGUUGGACCAACGAGAAUCUAUUCUUGCCACUCAUUAAGCUAACGGAUCGCCUACUGUUAGUUGGCGUCCUUACUGAUGAGGACGUACAGAAACUAUUAGUAAUGGUGGAUCCAGAGACUUGGGACCCCACUUUCGCAAGAGAGGGCAAGGAUGAGCAUCGCAAGGGUUUGCUCACCAUGAAAAUGGCCGAGGGAGCCAAGCUACAAAUGUGCUAUCUAUUGCACCAUCUAUACGACACACAGCUCCGGCAUCGGGUGGAGAGCAUUAUAGCAUUCUCUCACGAUUUCGUGGGCGAUCUGCAAACCGAUCAGUUGCGCCGUUAUAUUGAGAUUAAACAAUCCGAUUUGCCAAGUGCUGUUGCGGCCAAAAAGACUAAGGAAUUCCGUUGUCCACCCAGAGAACAAAUGAAUCAGAUUCUUUGCUUCAAGAAUCUGGAAGCUGACGAUCAGGACAACUGUACCUGUGGUCUUGAGUUGCGCAGUCGCUUAAGCGAAUUCCACGACUCUCUAAUGCAAAAGGUAUCGCUGAAUGCGCUGCAGGAGCCGGAUGGUACUGAGACAAAUGCAAUCGAAGAGGUCAAAACGGGACCCAUUACAAAGAUCUACAAUUUCAUCAAUACCGUCAAGGAGCUUGAGGAGGGACCCAAAGAAGUGGAGGAGCCUGAGAAAAAGACACCUGAAGAGGUUUUCCGCAAGGUCCUAAUCAAAACCAUCGUCAGCUGGGCUGAGGAAUCACAAAUCGAGAAUCCAAAAUUAGUUCGCGAAAUGUUCAGCUUGCUGGUACGGCAAUACGAUACGGUCGGUGAGCUGGUACGUGCUCUCGAAAAGACCUAUGUGAUCAACAAUCGCGCACGAGAUGAUGUGGCUGAGAUGUGGGUGGGCUUAAGCCAGAUUCGUGCAUUGUUGCCCGUACAAAUGAGCCAGGAAGAAGAGGAGCUGAUGCGUAAGCGUCUAUGGAAACUGGUAAACAACGCCACAUUCUUCCAGCACCCGGAUUUGAUACGCAUCUUACGUGUGCACGAAAACGUAAUGGCCGUCAUGAUGAAUACUCUAGGCCGUCGUGCUCAGGCACAAAGCGAUGCCCCCGCCCAGACCGAGGGAGCCGAGGGCGUGCCCUCAAAAGAGAAAGACACCUCGCACGAAAUGGUUGUGGCUUGUUGUCGCUUCCUAUGCUACUUUUGCCGUACCGGACGUCAGAAUCAGAAGGCCAUGUUCGAUCACUUUGACUUUUUGCUGGACAAUGCGAACAUAUUGUUAGCCAGGCCCAGUCUGCGUGGUUCCACCCCAUUGGAUGUGGCAUAUUCGAGUUUAAUGGAGAACACAGAAUUAGCUCUGGCACUUAGGGAACACUAUUUGGAGAAGAUUGCAGUUUACCUGUCCAGAUGUGGAUUGCAGAGCAAUUCUGAGCUGGUCGAGAAGGGCUAUCCCGAUUUGGGCUGGGACCCGGUCGAGGGUGAACGAUAUCUGGACUUUUUGCGCUAUUGCGUUUGGGUCAAUGGCGAGAGUGUCGAGGAGAAUGCCAACCUUGUCAUUCGUCUUCUUAUCCGUCGUCCAGAAUGUUUGGGACCGGCUCUAAGAGGAGAAGGGGAAGGUCUCUUCCGUGCAAUCGUCGAGGCCAAUCGUAUGUCGGAGCGCAUAUCGGAUCGUUGCAAAAUGCAAGACGAAGCCGAAGGCACCAUAGCUGGACUUAAUUUUACCCAUCCCCUGCCGGAAGGCGACGAAGAUGAGGACUACAUCGAUACGGGUGCCGCCAUAUUAAAUUUCUAUUGUACACUUGUUGACCUGCUGGGCAGAUGCGCCCCCGACGUGUCUGUCAUCGAGCAAGGCAAGAACGAAUCACUGAGAGCUAGAGCUAUUUUGAGAUCUCUUGUGCCACUGGAAGACCUUCAAGGUGUGCUUAGCCUAAAGUUUACACUCACCCAAACUGCUCCCGGUGAGGAGAAACCAAAAUCGGAUAUGCCAUCUGGCCUCUUACCCAAUAACAAGCAGAGCAUUGUCCUAUUUUUGGAACGUGUUUACGGCAUUGAGACACAAGAUCUCUUCUAUCGGCUGCUCGAAGACGCUUUUCUCCCAGAUCUGCGUACAGCCACAAUUUUGGAUAAGAGCGAUGGCUCUGAGAGCGAUAUGGCCUUGGCCAUGAAUCGCUACAUUGGCAACUCCAUUUUGCCGCUGCUUAUCAAGCACUCAAAGUUCUAUAACGAGGCUGAGAACUAUGCAAGUCUCUUGGAUGCCACGCUGCACACGGUCUAUAGGUUAUCCAAGAACCGUAUGCUAACCAAGGGACAGCGAGAGGCAGUAUCCGAUUUUCUAGUAGCGUUGACGUCACAAAUGCAACCUGCCAUGCUCUUAAAGCUAUUGCGCAAGUUGACUGUUGAUGUAUCCAAGCUAUCCGAAUAUACGACCGUUGCACUCAGGCUGCUCACACUACACUUCGAUCGCUGCGCUAAGUACUAUGGCUCGACUCAAGGCCAGGGCUCGUAUGGAGCUUCGUCAGAUGAGGAGAAGCGCCUAACGAUGCUUCUCUUCUCAAAUAUUUUUGACUCGCUGAGCAACAUGGACUAUGACCCGGAACUGUUCGGUAAAGCAUUGCCCUGCCUAAUUGCCAUCGGCUGUGCCCUGCCACCGGACUAUAGCUUAUCGAAGAAUACCGAUGAGGACUAUUAUGGCAGACAAAUGGGUGCACCAGAUCAACCGCAAUAUGUGCCAAAUCCAAUUGAUACGAACAAUGUGCAUUUGGACAAUGAUUUGAAUUCGCUGGUUCAAAAGUUCAGCGAGCACUAUCACGAUGCUUGGGCCAGUCGCCGUUUGGAGGGAGGCUGGACAUAUGGCGAAAUUCGAUCUGAUAUCGAGCGCAAGCACCCACGCCUAAAGCCCUACAAUAUGCUCAGUGAAUAUGAGCGUGAACGCUACCGAGAUCCGGUGCGUGAAUGCCUCAAAGGUCUCUUGGCCAUUGGCUGGACCGUUGAACACUCGGAAAUCGAUUUGCCACUCAAUCAUCGUGGCUCGACGCGUCGUCAAUCGAAGCCCCAAAUUAAUGAGGGCAGUCCCUUCAACUAUAAUCCACAUCCUGUGGACAUGAGCAACCUGACGCUCAGCAGAGAAAUGCAAAAUAUGGCCGAACGUCUGGCCGAAAACUCUCACGAUAUUUGGGCGAAGAAGAAGAACGAAGAGUUGAAUGGAUGCGGCGGAGUUAUACAUCCACAAUUGGUGCCCUAUGACCUGCUCACCGACAAGGAGAAGAAGAAGGAUCGCGAGCGUUCGCAGGAGUUCCUCAAAUACAUGCAGUAUCAGGGAUACAAGCUGCACAAGCCCUCAAAGGGUGGCGCUGUUGAGGAAGGCGGUGCCACACAAGCUGCCGUUGAGCUGCGCUUCUCUUAUUCACUGCUAGAGAAGCUUAUCCAAUAUCUGGACCGUGCCACCAUCAACAUGAAGCUAUUGAAGCCAUCGACCACGUUCAGCCGACGCAGCUCCUUCAAGACGGCAUCGCGAGACAUCAAGUUCUUCUCAAAGGUCGUGUUGCCUCUAAUGGAGAAGUACUUCUCGACGCAUCGCAAUUAUUUUAUUGCUAUUGCCACGGCAACGAAUAACAUAGGCGCCGCAUCGCUAAAGGAAAAGGAAAUGGUUGCCUCCAUAUUCUGCAAAUUGGCAGCUCUGUUGCGCAAUCGACUGAGCGCCUUUGGACCAGAUGUGCGCAUCACCGUGCGCUGCCUGCAAGUGCUGGUCAAGGGCAUCGAUGCCAAGACUCUGACCAAGAACUGUCCCGAAUUCAUACGCACAUCUAUGCUGACGUUCUUCAAUCAAACCUCUGAUGAUCUGGGCAACACGAUCAUGAAUCUACAGGAUGGCAAGUACAGCCAUUUGCGUGGUACACACCUAAAGACCUCCACGUCACUGGGCUAUGUAAAUCAGGUGGUGCUGCCGGUGCUGACUGCGAUGUUUGAUCAUCUGGCUGCCUGUGAUUAUGGCAGUGAUCUGCUGCUCGACGAGAUUCAAGUGGCCUCCUAUAAGAUUUUAGCGGCCCUAUAUCACCUGGGUACCGAUGCGACACUGACACACGAUCGCAAAUAUCUGAAAACGGAAAUCGAGAGGCAUCGACCUGCCCUGGGCUCCUGCUUGGGCGCCUACAGCUCGUGCUUCCCAGUUGCCUAUUUGGAGCCGCAUCUCAAUAAGCACAAUCAGUACUCGUUGCUCAAUCGCAUUGCGGACCAUUCGCUGGAGGCCCAGGACAUUAUGGUCAAAAUGGAAAGCUGUAUGCCCAAUUUGGAAGCGAUCCUCAAUGAAGUGGAUCAGUUUGUUGAGUCGGAUAAGACUUAUGCCGAUGCACCGCACAUUAUUGAUGUUAUACUGCCGCUGCUCUGCGCCUAUUUGCCCUUCUGGUGGUCCCAGGGUCCGGAUAACGUCAGUCCGACCAGUGGCAAUCAUGUGACCAUGGUCACCGCGGAUCACAUGAAUUCGCUGCUGCGCAAUGUGCUCAAGAUGAUCAAGAAGAACAUUGGCAAUGAUAACGCGCCCUGGAUGACACGCAUUGCGGCCUACACCCAGCAGAUUAUCAUCAAUACAUCAGAGGAGCUGCUCAAGGAUCCAUUCCUGCCACUGGCGGAGCGUGUGAAGAAGCGUACCGAGAACAUGCUACACAAGGAGGACAGCAUGCGAGGAUUUAUCAAAUCGGCCACUGAUGAUACUUCGCAAGUGGAGACGCAACUACAAGAGGAUUGGAAUUUGCUUGUGCGAGAUAUAUACUCGUUCUAUCCGCUACUCAUCAAGUACGUGGAUCUGCAGCGCAAUCAUUGGCUAAAGGACAACAUCCCUGAGGCCGAAGAGCUGUACAAUCAUGUUGCCGAGAUAUUUAAUAUCUGGUCAAAGAGCCAAUACUUCUUGAAGGAGGAGCAAAACUUUAUAUCGGCCAAUGAAAUUGAUAACAUGGCUCUGAUAAUGCCCACGGCAACACGACGAUCGGCUAUAUCUGAGGGCGUGCCGGCAGUGGGUGGCAAGGUCAAGAAGAAGAAGAAGAACAGGGACAAGAAACGCGACAAGGACAAGGAGGUGCAGGCCAGCUUAAUGGUUGCCUGUCUGAAGCGUCUACUGCCCGUGGGCCUCAAUCUAUUCGCUGGUCGCGAACAGGAGCUGGUGCAGCACUGCAAGGAUAGAUACUUGAAGAAGAUGAACGAGUACGAUGUCAUAGAAUUUGCACGCAAUCAGUUGACAUUGCCCGACAAACUGGACCCAUCCGAUGAGAUGUCGUGGCAGCAUUAUCUCUACUCGAAACUGGGCAAGACUGAGGAGCCAGUCGAUGAGCAGGCCUUGGAGAAGGUGAAUGCCAAUUCGAAUGAGAAGGGUAAAGACAAGACGACGGAGACCGUUGAUCGAAUUGUGGCCAUGGCUAAGGUUCUGUUUGGCUUGCAUAUGAUCGACCAUCCACAACAGCAGAGCAAAAAUGUCUACAGGAGCGUUGUGUCAAUACAAAGGAAGCGUGCCGUUAUCGCAUGUUUCCGUCAGACAUCGCUACAUUCUCUACCCAGACAUCGUGCUUGCAAUAUCUUUGCUCGCACCUACUACGAGCAAUGGCUGCAGGAGGAGAACGUUGGCCAGGAGGUGAUGAUCGAGGAUCUGACGCAGACAUUUGAAGAGUCGGAGAAAUCGAAGAAGGAAGAAGAGGAAACGGACGGCAAGCCGGAUCCGUUGACCCAGCUGGUAACCACCUUCUGCCGCGGUGCCAUGACAGAGCGCAGUGGCGCACUUCAAGAGGAUUUACUGUACAUGUCCUAUGCACAAAUCGCAGCCAAGUCUUGCGGCGAAGAGGAAGAAGAAGGCGGCGACGAAGGCGAAGGCGGUGAGGGCGGCGAAGAGGGCGAAGGCACAAGUAUUCAUGAACAAGAAAUGGAGAAACAGAAGCUGCUGUUCCAUCAAGCGCGUCUGUCGAAUCGUGGCGUUGCCGAAAUGGUGCUGUUGCACAUAUCCGCCUCCAAAGGUAUACCUUCGGAGAUGGUCAUGACGACACUCAAUUUGGGCAUCGCCAUACUGCGUGGCGGCAACAUCGACAUUCAAAUGGGUAUGUUGAAUCACUUGAAGGAGAAGAAGGAUGUGGGCUUCUUCACCUCCAUAGCCGGGCUGAUGAACUCGUGCAGUGUGCUCGAUCUGGAUGCAUUCGAGCGCAAUACAAAGGCCGAGGGUCUUGGUGUCGGCUCGGAGGGCGCUGCGGGUGAGAAGAAUAUGCACGAUGCGGAGUUCACGUGUGCUCUAUUCCGAUUCAUUCAGCUAACCUGCGAGGGUCACAACUUGGAAUGGCAAAACUAUUUACGUACCCAGGCGGGCAAUACAACCACGGUGAAUGUGGUCAUCUGUACGGUGGAUUAUUUGCUGCGUCUGCAGGAAUCGAUUAUGGACUUCUAUUGGCACUACUCCAGCAAGGAGAUCAUCGACCCAGCUGGCAAGGCGAACUUCUUCAAAGCCAUCGGCGUAGCUAGCCAAGUGUUCAAUACUCUCACUGAGGUCAUCCAGGGUCCGUGUACCUUGAAUCAGCAAGCCUUGGCCCAUUCCAGAUUGUGGGAUGCGGUCGGCGGUUUUCUAUUUCUAUUUUCGCAUAUGCAGGACAAACUCUCGAAGCAUUCGAGUCAGGUGGAUCUGCUAAAGGAGCUGCUCAAUCUACAAAAGGAUAUGAUCACCAUGAUGUUGUCCAUGCUGGAAGGCAAUGUUGUGAAUGGCACAAUUGGCAAGCAGAUGGUGGAUACCCUUGUUGAGUCGGCUAGCAAUGUUGAGCUGAUUCUCAAGUAUUUCGAUAUGUUCCUGAAAUUGGCCGACUUGAUCGAGUCGCCCAGCUUCCAUGAGAUUGAUAUGAAGAACGAGGGCUGGGUAAUACCCAAGGACUUCAGAGACAAAAUGGAGCAAUCCAAGAACUACACACCGGAGGAAAUGGAUUUCCUUUUGGCCUGCUGUGAACGCAAUCACGAAGGCAAAAUUGAUUAUAGAGCCUUUGUCGAACGUUUCCACGAGCCAUCAAAGGAGAUCGGUUUCAACCUGGCUGUGCUGCUGACCAAUCUCAGUGAACACAUGCCCAAUGAGCCGCGCCUGGCACGCUUCCUGGAGACCGCUGGCUCUGUGCUAAACUAUUUCGAACCGUUCCUGGGUCGCAUCGAAAUCUUGGGCAGCUCGAAGCGUAUCGAGCGUGUUUACUUUGAGAUCAAGGACUCGAACAUCGAGCAAUGGGAGAAGCCACAGAUUCGCGAAUCGAAACGCGCCUUCUUCUACUCGAUUGUCACAGAGGGCGGCGACAAGGAAAAGCUGGAAGCAUUUGUUAACUUCUGUGAGGAUGCGAUCUUUGAGAUGACCCACGCCUCUGGCCUGAUGGCCACGGACGAUGGCGGCGGCAAUGUGAAACGAGAUACGGCCUACAGUUCCUACAUGAGCGAAGAGGAGGAAGAGCGCGCCGCUCGCGAUCCGAUUAGACGCACAAUAACUGCUGUAAAGGACGGCCUGAAGUUCGGAGUUCACAUGCUGAGUCCCUCGAACAUCAAGCACCAAAUUGGAGUUAUGCAAACGAAAUCGAUACCUGAACUGAUUGUUGGAUUCUUUAAGAUAAUCUUCUACAUUUUCUACUACACGGGCUAUGCCCACUACUGUGUAGUGCGCUAUAUCUUUGGCAUUCUGUUGAAUCUGAUGCGUGGUCCCGCACCCGAGCAGGAGGAUGAAGUGGCUGUAGUUGAGGAGGAAACAUUUGGACGUGCGCUGCCGCCGUUGCCAAUAGAGGAGCCACCGGGCCCGGUUCAAGCAUUUGGCCUGGACAUAAACAAAGAGGAAAACGGCAUGUACAAGGUGGUGGUGCACGAGUCGCCAGCCAGCUCAUCUGUGGAGGAGGGCGGUGAGUCUAGCCCAGAAGACGGCGCAGCUGCACCCGGAGAACUAGUCGAAGGCGAACUGCAUCAGGAACCCAUUUCAAUUGUCGAUAUGCUAGGCGGUGAGGCGGCUAAGAAGGCAGCUCAAGAGCGUCAGGAGGCACAGAAGGCCCAAGAGGCAGCCAUGGCAUCCAUUGAGGCGGAGGCCAAGAAGUCAUCGGCAGCACCACAAGAGACACCGGCGGUGCACCAGAUCGACUUCUCGCAGUACACGCACCGCGCCGUCAGCUUCUUGGCUCGCAACUUUUACAAUUUGAAAUAUGUGGCGCUCGUCUUGGCAUUCAGCAUUAACUUUAUGCUGCUCUUCUACAAGGUGACCUCAUUCAACGAGGAAUCGGAAGGAUCGGCCGAAGAGGAGCUUAUUCUGGGCUCUGGUUCGGGCGCUGCUGAUAUGGCUGGCUCUGGCCUGGGUGGCUCGGGUGAUGGGUCGGGCGAUGGCGAUUUCGAAGACGAUGACAUACCGGAACUGGUGCACGUGGAUGAGGACUUCUUCUAUAUGGAGCAUGUGCUACGCAUUGCCGCACUGCUCCACUCCCUGGUAUCGCUGGCCAUGCUGAUCGCGUACUAUCAUCUGAAGGUGCCGCUGGCCAUAUUCAAGCGGGAGAAGGAAAUUGCACGUCGUCUGGAAUUCGAUGGUCUCUUCAUAGCCGAGCAGCCGGAGGAUGAUGACUUCAAGUCCCACUGGGAUAAGCUGGUCAUAUCGGCCAAGAGUUUCCCAGUCAACUACUGGGAUAAGUUUGUCAAGAAGAAGGUCAGGCAAAAGUACAGUGAGACCUACGACUUUGACUCAAUCUCGAAUCUGCUGGGCAUGGAGAAGAGCGCUUUCACGGCACAGGAGAGCGAGGAGACGGGCAUACUGCGUUACAUCAUGAACAUCGAUUGGCGCUAUCAGGUGUGGAAGGCUGGAGUCACCUUCACGGACAACUCCUUCCUCUACUCCCUGUGGUACUUCAGCUUCUCGGUGAUGGGCAACUUUAACAACUUCUUCUUUGCCGCCCAUUUGCUGGAUGUGGCCGUUGGCUUUAAGACACUGCGCACGAUCCUGCAGUCGGUAACCCACAAUGGCAAGCAGCUCGUGCUGACCGUGAUGCUCCUGACGAUUAUCGUCUAUAUAUACACCGUGAUUGCGUUCAACUUCUUCCGCAAGUUCUACAUACAGGAGGAGGAUGAGGAGGUGGACAAGAAGUGCCAUGACAUGUUGACCUGUUUCGUCUUCCAUUUGUACAAGGGCGUUAGAGCAGGCGGUGGCAUUGGCGACGAAAUCGGGGAUCCGGAUGGAGAUGAUUAUGAGGUCUAUCGCAUCAUCUUCGACAUCACAUUCUUCUUCUUCGUCAUUGUCAUCCUGUUGGCCAUCAUCCAGGGUUUGAUUAUCGACGCCUUCGGCGAGCUGCGUGAUCAAUUGGAAUCGGUCAAGGAUAAUAUGGAAUCGAAUUGCUUUAUUUGUGGCAUGGGCAAGGACUUCUUUGAUAUAGUCCCGCAUGGCUUCGAUACGCACGUGCAGAAGGAGCACAAUCUGGCCAACUAUAUGUUCUUCCUGAUGCAUUUGAUCAAUAAACCGGAUACCGAGUACACUGGCCAGGAGACGUACGUGUGGAAUAUGUAUCAACAGCGCAGCUGGGACUUCUUCCCAGUGGGCGACUGCUUCCGCAAGCAGUACGAGGACGAACUCUCUGGCGGCGGCGGUGGCGGAGGCUGAGCUCCUGGAUCCACUUAGUCGCGUUUUUACUACAAUUUCUAUGAUGAUCGUUAAUAUCUCUAUUAUAAUAUUGAUAUAU